AUGGGUACAACUAUAAACCAAAAAGCGUAUUUACAAAAAUAUUUGAGUGGACCGUCGGGAGACAAAAAGAAAAAGAAGAAAAAAGCUAUCAAAGGAUCUGGAUUGAAAAUAAUUGAUGAUGACAUUGACCUGUCAAAGCUCCGCACCCUGGAAGGUGAUGAACUAGAUGUGUUUGACCAGGGAGAGGAUGCUCCCCAGAUUGUAGGCAUUAUUGAUGACAGGCCAGAAGAAAUCAGAAAAGCUGAGCAGUUCAGUUCUAGCACCAAAUGGAAAGUUAUUAAUCAGGAUGAUGGAUUCAACAGUAAAAUACAAAUAGAAGAGAUAAAAAGAGACAUAAAACAGGCAGAGAAAGAAAAUGAACUGAUUUUUGGUAAAAUGUACAGCGACUCUGAAGACGAAAAGGCUAAUGAUUCUGACCCUUCUCCACCGAGAAAACAGGAUUCUGAAAAACCAAAAUCUUCCAAAAAGCACGACAGUGAUAGUGACUUUAGUCCUCCUAGAAAAAGGGAUAACAGGUCUCCUAAAAGAAGUCCUGACAGGUCUCCCAGCAGAAAACAAAUAAAUAGACAUGACAGCACAAAAAGAAACCAUGACAAGUCAUUUAAAAGGAGAAGUCCAAAUGAUUCUGAUCUUUCUCCACCAAGAAAACAGGAUACUGAAAAACGUAAAGCUACUAAAAAUCAUGGCAGUGACAGUGACUUUAGUCCUCCUAGAAGAAAGAGUAACAAAUCUCCUAAAAAAAGUCCUGACAGGUCUCCUAAUAGAAGAAAUAUCACCAGAUCUCCCUCUAGACAUGAUGGUACAAAACGAAGCAAUGACAAGUCACUUAAAAGGAGAAGUCCAAAUGACUCUGACCUGUCUCCUCCAAGGAAAGCUUCUAAGAAUAACAACAGUGAUAGUGACUUCAGUCCUCCUAGAAAAAGGGAUAUCAGGUCUCCCAGAAGAACACAUAUUAACAGACAUGAUAGUACGAAACGAAGCAAUGACAAGUCACUUAAAAGGAGAAGUCCAAAUCAAUCACCUAAAAGGAGCUAUAAAGAUAAUCCUGAUAAAAAUAGAAAGAGAGGAAAUGAUAACCCUCCACCUUCUAACAAGAAGAUGGCGAAGACUCUAGAAGGCAAGAUGGCGGGUUUGCAAGAUGCAAGACAGUUGAGACAAGAGAAUGAAACUUUUAGGAAAAAAGAAGAUGAAGUUUUCAAUAAGAUGUCUGAUGAAGUUUCUGGAAGGAAUGCACAGGCCGUGUCAAGGAAAUUGAAACGAGAAACGUCGGAAGACAGGCAAAAGCAAAAAGAAAAGGCUGAUAGACAGAAAGAAUUGGAUGAAAAGUACAAGAAAUGGUCUAAAGGGAUAAAACAACUGGAAGAGCAAGAGGCUCGUGUUCAGGAGUUUAUGCACGAGUCCUCGAAACCUCUGGCCCGUCUCCGCGGUGAUAAGGACCUUGAGCACAGUCUGCGACAAGUGGAGAGGGACGGAGACCCCAUGUUACAGUACAUGAGGGAUCGGAAACGAGAAAGAGGGGAGCUAGGGCCAGAAAAACCAGUAUACAAGGGCAAUUUCCCGCCAAAUCGGUUCAACAUUCGUCCCGGUUACCGAUGGGAUGGUGUCGACCGCUCCAAUGGCUAUGAAAAGAAAUUCUUCGAACAACAAAGCAAGCGCAAGGCACAAGAAGAAGAAGCCUAUAAGUGGAGUACCGAAGACUUGUAA